AUGUCAAACCCAACUCUUUACUAUUUCGAUGCUCGUGCUCGUGCCGAGACCUCAAGAUUGCUGUUCGUAUUUGCCGGAGUCAAGUUUACCGAUAACAGGUCAGGAUUCCCUCUGGCAGAGGAUGUUCGUGCCAAGACACCAUUUGGUCAGGUACCAUUCCUAGAGGAUGGUGAGACUCAACUUGCACAAUCAAUUGCCAUCGAGAGUUACCUUGCAGAGAAGUUCAACUUGGCUGGCACUUCACCAACAGAGAGGGCAGAGAUCCUUCAGUUUGCACUUGUUCCAGGUGACUUCUACACCCCCUACUUUUAUGCCAAGGACGAUUCCUCCAACUUAAAGUUCAAGACAGAGACCGCUCCCAAGCUGUUCCAGAAGCUUGAGACCAUCCUUGUUAAGAAGGGUGGCGAACACUUUGUUGGUAGCAAGUUGACAUGGGCUGAUAUAAGCAUAUUCAAUCUGAUUGAUUUCUUCCAUCAACAACACAGCAACCUUGUUGAGGCCGUCCAGCCAUUCCCAACUCUAUUGGCAUUCCACAAACGUGUGGCAGCUAUCCCUCAGUUUGCUGAGUACCUCAAGAACAGGCCAACAACUAAACUGUAA